AAAUAUACAAAUCUUUUAACUAAAGACAUUACAUGGCAUGUGAGAUUGAAAGAUGAUUUACAUUACAAAUAUCAUGACAAUUGAUAAAAUACUGAGAUGCUAACAAUUGGUAUAACCUGAGUAACAAAGGUGUUAAGGGCAAUUUGAUUCAGGUUAAAUAUCUCUCCUGUACUCAAGUAUUAUUUUCUAAUGAGAAUUGAUAAAAUGCUAACGUGGAGCAUUGAGUUUGCUAACAUAUUGCAAGAUCAUAGCCUGAGUGACGAAACUGCUGAGGCAGAUCGUUUUCACAUUAUGUUCCGUCAUCAUUUGCUCUAUUUAAUGUGAAUUGCUAAAACGUUAACAUAGACGCCUUAGGUGUGCUAACACAUUGUUAGAUAAGUUAUUUGAGUAGAGAAAGUAUGAAGGCUGAUUGCUCAGGGUGUUAGAGCUUGCAAUGAAUUUUACACAAACACAUGGCACAACGUGGGGGCAGCCUUAUCGCAUGCAGAUAAAAUGAUCGAUCAUUAUGCAGACAAAACAAAAACUCCCAAGUGACAUAUGAUUGUUUUAACUCUAUUCUAUUUCAGGCCUUUACUGAUUUCUGGUUCUGAUGGCACACAGACGCACACUAUUUUUGUCAAUGCACAUAUGAGGACUUUGUUUGGUGCUAUCUUUGGUUGGGCUUUCUUUCAUAUAUUUUUCCAUCUUUCCAACUUAUUCCUUCAGUGGUUUUGUGGAGCUCAUGCAGAAGAUGUAGUUCAUCUGUGAUUGGUGGCCACUCUUGAAUUUGGGCUGCUGAUCCAUGAAAAAGGUGCAGGCAGAAUAAUAAUGUCAAUGACAAUGUAGCACAGCAAAAGACAUGAGUCCCCUGUGGUCCAUAUGGUGUCAGUAUUAUGGCCACUUCCCAUUCAACCCUGUGUGAUGUAAGAUAAAUACUGUACAUGAACACACAAGCAGGUAAUAUAUGCAGUAAUGACAUCUAGUUUUAUUACAUAGUGAACGCUGUUCAAAAACCCUAUUAGUGGCAGCGACAAAGCACAAUAUUCAAAGUUUCCAUACAUAAGAUCCCUGAAAAGCCCCUCCUCCCUUUUUGCCUUAAAACCACCUCUGUCGCUCCUGACACACACACAUGGACACACUCAAGAAAGUUGUCAUGUUCUUAGUUUUGCUUGGGUUGGUUUUGUUUUUCCUCUGCUGCAUGUCUUCUGUGCUAAUUUUUUUUAUUUUUAUUUUUUUUGGUUGUGUUCACCUUUUCGGUUUGCCCUCCUGGUUUUGUGUUGACCUAUCAGCUCCCUCCAGCCACUUGUGUCUUAUCAAGGUCGUUCUCGUUGUCUCUCAUAUGACAUCUCUUUCAUAUUAUCUUAUUAUCACAAUCUUCGUACAUAUUUGCUGCUAUAUCAUGCACCUCGCUGGCCUCGACAUCUACAAACUCCCCUUUAUCAAUGCUCUCUUCGCAGGCAGUUGUUACAGCACAUGAAUCAGACUUGAUUAUUUAAAAACUUCAAUUCAAGAAAUUCUGUUAUUACAAUGUUCUUGGGAUUUAAACGGAAACUCGCUUUCUUUGUUGAAUGUCAAACUGACUAAUUUGUUCCCAGUAAAUUAUUCAAUGUUACCACCCGUGGAUUAGCUUCUGAGCACCCUAUAUUUAGUAGUUGUUCCAAUUCCCAAUUCACACUGCAAUAAUUCAAUUAAGUAGCAUCAGAGUGUAUGCUGACAGUUAUAAUCAACCCUAACCCUUUUAUUACAUUUUAAGGCUUUGCCAAACACCAUGAAAUGGAAUGUUAUUGUGGUUAUUAAUUUUUCCCAUGCUUGACAAACUUGCGUGGAUUGUCCACAAAAAUAUGGAGAUAGUAGCGUUAUGGUGGUGGUGUUAUAAGGAACAAAUUAUCUCCCACAAACAAAAUACUAAAGAAACGGGAAGAUUUAUACAAAGCUAAAAAUCAUACUGCAUGCCAAAUUCCUUUCUUCUUCUUCCUCCUCCUCCUAGUCCUCACUGUGAGGUCACAGAGCACUUAGUGUAAUCAGGGUAAGGGACUGAAUAAAUGUGAUGACGUAUGCUGAACAAGGGGAGAAACACAUUUAUUUCAAAUGACUGUCAUAGUCCUGGGAAGGGAAAAAAUGAAUUAGCUGCCAUAGUAAAAGUUCAGCAAAUGGAACUGUCAUUUGGAAAAAGUCCUGCAGUAGUUUUGGGAGAAACCAACACAGAUGUACAUUAAACAGGCCAGGGGUUUGGGGGGUAAUAACUCACGAAUUAAUUUCAGCAAUCAUUAUAACUGCUAUUGGUUUGAUGUUUAUAUGACUAUAUUGUGCAAUAUUUCCAUCCAUCGAUCCAUUUUAAUACUACAGUACUUAUCUUUAUUAGGGUUAUGAAUGAGCUGGACCCUAUCCUAGUUGACUUUGGGCAAAUGGUGAGGUACACCCUGAAUAGCCAAUCACAAGGCAUUUGUAGGCAAAGAACCAUUCACACUCACACCGUUGGACAAUUUAGUGUUCAAUUAACCUGACACGCAUGUCUUUUGAGGUCCUGUAUACAGCAGGCUAUUAUCUGCAGCGUUGUUCAGAGCCGCCGUCCACGAGGCCGACGCGCAGCCUUUGCUGGCGAAGCGACACAGCAGCCCGACACUGUCCGAUGCGCACAUCAACACAUUUAGCACGCCUGUCAUAUGUACGCGGAUCUUUUGUUAUGUUAUGAGAGACCGAUUACGUGGUCUGCCCCAAACUAUUAUUUUUUUUUAGGAGCUGUAUACACACCUACCUGUAAUUUGGAACCCACGAAGCUCUUGUCCUCUGUAUCCGUGCAAUCCAUUUUUCACGACGAACCGGGUCUCUUGCAAACUUAUGAAUUGUGAAUACAUCCUCCCGAGUGUUUAAGCAAUCUCCAGCAAUGCAACUAGCGAGCAAUUUGGCUAGCACAAAGGAAUGAGCUACGUUCCCGGAGGUAAAACUAAUAGAAACAAAUAAGUCCACUUGAGGGGGGUCCUGUCCUGUACGUCACUUCCUGCUUCUUCUCGAAAACAAAUCCCUCGAGAGGAUUUUCAUGGCAGGAGUUACAAAAAGCUGUAUACGUCAUAAUCAUGUUUUGUGGCGAAAAAAUGGAUGGGUCCAUGUUUUUUCAGUAAUAACACUAAAAAUCAUGCAUUUCAUAACAGUGGCCCUUUAACCAACAGUGUUGCCACGGUUACCUUGAAAAAGUAACUUCAUUGCUUCACACAUUACUUGAUUUCAAAAGUAACUUGCAAAUUAGAGGAAAAAUUACCUUUUAUGUUCUUUCAGCAGCUGCCAAGUGACAGGAAUAUCACUUAUCCACAGUACGACAUACCAAGUGUGUGGGUGUGUGUGACUAGGGUAGGGAAUCUUGAAAAUAAUCCAUCCAUCCAUUUUCUUAGCCACUUAUCCUCACAAGACUCACGGGAGUGCUGGAGCUUAUCCCAGCCGUCAUCGGGCAGGAGACAGGGUACACCCUGAACUGGUUGCCACCCAAUUGCAGGCCACGUGAAAACAGACAACAGUCACAAUCACGCCUAGGGGCAAUUUAGAGUCUCCAAUGAAUGCAUGCUUUUGGGAUGUGGGAGAAAACCGGAGUGCUCGGAGAAAACCCUCGUAUGCACAGGAGAAUAAGCAAACUCCUCACAGGUGGGGCCGAUAUUGAAGCCGGGUCCUCUUUGAGGCGCUUUACAGCUGUGUCACCCACUGCUGUCCCUGUUAAUAAUUUCAUCCCCAAAACGGGGGCGCUGCAAAAAAGGUUUGGGAACCACUGUGGUAAUGAAUGCCACACAAAUUGCAUAAGGAAAUAAUCAACAUGAACGAAUAACUUAAAUGUUAAUGUAGUUAAAGCCACGUUAAAUCGAUAACAUAGUGCAGUCUUGACAUGCCAACACAGUAGAAAUAGCUGAGCGUAAACACCCACAGCAGUCUCAUUACACUUCCCUUAAGUGUUUGUAUGUGUGUGUGAUUUUUUUUGGGGGGGGGGCGGGGGGUGUUGGACUGUUUAGUUUGCUGAGGGUUUCUUUCAAAAUAAAUAUUUUGGGUGAUUCCUGGAUUCCUGCCUUGUGUCCCUGCUUGCAUCUUAACUGCACUUUGGUCCGCCACGCCUCGCCUUCACUAGUGCCCGGCUGUGAUAAAAUUGCUAGUAGGUGUGAAUGCUUGUUUAUGUGCCCUGGGAUUGACUGGCAAUCAGUGCAAACGUCACCCCUCUCACACCUGCAGAUAGCUGGGGUAGGCUCCAGCACAUUCUUAAGCCUUGUGAGGAUAAGGGGUACAGAAAAUGGAUGGAUGGAUGGAUGGAUGGAUGGAUGGAUGGAUGGUCGUAAUUAAGAUAUUCAUCGAGCAACACCAACAUAUGUUUAUAUGAUAGAUUACAUGCCAGAGCCAAUACUUUAUUUUCUAUUGUACUCAAUAAAAUAUAUCUUCCUUCAAAUAAGAGCAAAUUCCAAUUGUCUCCUUACACAGCAAGGCCUUUUGAGAGCAAGCACUCCCCUGUGAGUUUCACUAUUUUAACCUGGGAUUUCCUACAAGCGAGUGCAGUGCGUGGGCUUUUUUUUUUUUUUUAGCUGAGAUGUUCAGGGUCACCUGUGUAAAGCGUGGGAGGAGCAGGACGCGGUACGGUUCUAAGUAUAUCCACUCGGGCACAAUACCAAGGGUUGCAAAUCACCAGUAAUAUUUUUCAUUUUAUUUUUUAAUUAGGAAACAAACAUAUGCAUCUAUUGAUAAUCUAUUCUUAUAAUUAAUUUUAAAAUAAAAACAUAAUCAAGGGCAGCGUGGUGGACGACUGGUUAAUAUUGACCUCAAAUUCUGAGGACCAGAUUUCAAAUCCCGGCCUUGCCUACGUAGAGUUUGGAUGUUCUCCUCGUGUUCCUCCAACAUCGCCAAAAAAUGCAAGUUCAGGAUGUACCACCACCCCUCGAGGACAGCUGGGAUAGGCUACAGCACGCCCGCGACUCUUGUGAGCAGAACCAAUGUUAAAAGAAGAAUGAGGAAGACGCCGCGGAGUCAACUAAAUUUACCAGACAGUAAAAACAUUCUUCUACAGAACGCAUUAGAAAAAGAUGAGCGCCAAUUGGAGAUGCAGAAUUUCCUGCGUCUUCCAAUUCACACGAAGACAAAGCAAGAAAAAAAAGAAGAGCAAAAAAAAGCGAAGGUGAAGAUGCUGAGGCAAGCUAAAACUAAGCCAACACUCCAAAUACAAACACCCCCAAGGUGUGAGCUGAAGACAGCUUUGUUGAAACAGAAAAACAUAGUGAGAGAAUGUAAACAUGACUUAAUCUCCAUGGAGCGUCAGAAGGCCGUGUUGGAGAUUUCACUGAUGACAAAGAGGUCAGAGAUUUUUAAGAUGGACAAGGCCAUCGCAAAAGAGGAGAGCCGUCUGAAGGAGUUGGAGAAGACCAUUGAGAAGGAUAAUCAGAGCUUUGCAUUGUUCCUGAGGGAGAAUGAGAAGAAGUCUUUAGAGGCCCAAAAAUUUUUUGAACAAGAGACUAAGUCCAAACAGAAGAAAACUGCUGACAUCAAGGAGUUGACUUCUGAAAUAUCAACAAUACGAAGUGAAGUUGCUAACUAUGAAGAAAUACUGCAAGAGUGCAAGAGAUACAAGGAGGUUCUUUUCAAGUUGUCUCCUCCCGGGUGGCAAGAGGCCCAGAGGGCAAAGCUUCAUCACAAAGUCAAAAUGAAUAAAAAGACUGAGGAUGACCAGAUCAGGGAGCCAGAGGACUUAACAGUCAAGCAAGAUCUGGAGAACAACACUGCCUGUUCACAGCCCAGACACAACUCUGCAGAUCUGGCCAGGAAUACAAAAGAGUUUGAACGCGAUAUCAACAGUUCAGAAUCUGAGGAUAAUCCAAAACUGUACUUUACUGAUCCCAAGCAACUUAUUGAUCUGAUGACCGAGCUAACAGAACAGAACUUGUCCUUGAUCAAGAACUCUACGAGAGCUGAAGAGACACUUGAGGAGCUCAAACAGUGUAUGGAUGCAAUCAGCAAAAGAACCGAAAAGGAUGAGGAACUUCUGACCCAGCAAAUAGAUGAUAUGAAGAAGAAGAUUGAUGAAGAGAAGACCAGAGCUUCAACGAUAAAAAAGAAAGUUCAGCUCCACAUUUUGUUGAACACAGAAGAUGAGGAGGACAUGAUGAGGACACUCAGUAAGAAGGUUGCAGAGGUGUAUCGGUGCUGUGUGGAUGACAGCUUGAGCAGCCGUAACACCUUGGAGAAGUUGGCCAGCAUUGAAAAGCAGAUGUCUUCACUGUUGCACUGCCUCGAAGACAUCCCCAAGGAAAGUUUGGAAAUGAUGCAAAAGAUCAAGGACAGUGAAAGGAGGACCAGGCAACGUGAAGAAAAGAUAAAGUUGCAAAGAGAAAAAACGAUUGAAAGGAUGAAGAAGUACUUGGAAAGGUCCCUAUCUGAUGCUAAGAAAACUAGUGGACGUAAAGUAAUGCCCCGAUGCAUCCCUUUUGCUCAGAAGGUCAAAGUAAAAAAACUGGAAAGUGCUCCUACUGAUGAUGGCUUCAGCGACUACUUCUUUACAUCUAUAGGUAUUGACUGAAGAAGGCAACUGAAACACUCCAAUGCAUGCUAUGACUUGAAAAAAAAAAUACAUGUAACUUGAUCCUGCAGAAGAAUAGUCAAGUUUCAUUUUUUUGUCUGAAUGUAUGUAUUGUUGAGUUUUUGAAUGUGCUCAUAGUGUGCAAUCACCAUCAUCAGUAAGGAUAGACUGAUUUAUUUGCAGGUCUGGUUAUCAACACGAACAAUGUGUGCAUUUUGAUGCAUAUCUUUUUUGUUAUUCAACAGCUAUUAAAAGAUGACAGUAAAA